UCCUCUCCUGCUUCUCUCUGCAGAUUGCUACCACGCGGAAGCUGACGGUCCACCUGAGACCCCCGGCCACUUGCGACCUGGAAAUCGGCCUGCAGGGCAUCAAGCUGAUCCUGACCGUCAAUGAGUACAGCCAGGAGGAAGAGUUUGAGCGCUGCAGCCAUUUCUUCCAGAUGAAGAAUGUCUCGUUCUGUGGCUGCCACCCCCGCAAUAGCUGCUAUUUUGGUUUCAUCACCAAGCACCCCGUGCUGAGUCGCUUUGCCUGCCACGUCUUCGUUUCGCAGGAGUCCAUGCGGCCGGUGGCCGAGUGCGUUGGCCGCGCCUUUCAGGAAUAUUACCAAGAGCACCUUGAAUUCGCUUGCCCCACAGAAGACAUUUACCUGGAGUAGGACGUGAGCCGGAGGGGGCCCCGGUUUCCACGCCCUCCAGAGAGUCGGACCCAGGCGCCUGAGCUCUGCCAGGCAGCCGAGCCCACAGCAUCCCUGCUUGGCGGGGUCCGGCGUCCAGGGCUUUGGGGCCGGUCUGGUGGGCGACUGCCCUCUCUCCUCCCUCUCUCCUCCCUUCCCCAAAUACAUCCCCCCCCCCCGCAACAUCCCGAGGUGGCCAGAGGAGCAGCUGGAGGCAACCCUCUCAAGGGUGGGGGAGGGCUUCGCUGGGAGGAAACCUGAGUGCGGAGCAGGGGUGCAGGAGGCGGCCUGGGAGUUGCAGGACCCUGAGAAGGGACAGCUUUCCUGUGUGUGCGGGGGGGGGGGCGGCUUCCCCAAAACUGUGGCCUUUGUAUGAGGUUCCUUUUUGGGCUGGAAGGGAGGCUGGGGGCACGGGGAAGCACCCAUGGCCCCUUCCUUGGAGAAGGUUUGUCCCUGGAAAGUGGGCGAUACCUGCUGGCUCCCCCCUCACUUUAUUCCUUCUGGUAGGGGAGGGCAGGGACACGGUGCCGCCUCCCCCAUUCUGCUCCCUGCCUCCAUGGCCUGCCUGGUCUUACUGUUCCGGCCCCACCCUCCAUAAACUGGUUUUUCAGGAAGAGGGCCAUAUGUGUGCACCCCCCCUCCCCAUGACUUACCACAGGACUGGCCCCCCCUUGCAUAUUUUCCUGCUAAUUCUCACCCUUCCAGAGGCACAGCUGAGUUGGGGGGAGUCCAAGAUAGCAACCCGCAUGCUGCACGGCAGCUGGGAGCCCAAAGGGCAUUUCUGCAGGCAGCUCCUGGGGGGGAGUGGGGAAAUGGGGUUCCACCUGUCCUGGGGACUCCUCCGUCCCCUCUGCUCCUGCCAUGGCUAGAAAGCCACCCCUGCUGGGAGGGGAGGAGAGGAGAGGGUCGACGUUCCCCAUUUGCACGCUCGACCCAGGCCCUGGGUCAGCCUUUGCGGAGGCCCGAGAAGGAUGCCUGUGCUAGUUUUCUUCUCCUGAGCCCAGGUCUGGGCACAGGUGGAGGGUCAGUCUGGCUGCAGGCCCCUUGGGGGACCCCUCCCCGGCUCUCUUCUCUGCCCCCACCCCCGCUGUGCCUGGUGAACACAUUUGCUUGCCAGCCCGCCUGCCUCGACUCAGUACGAGCUGAGUGAUUAGUGCUCACCGCUGUCCGUCCAUGUAACGAUAUUUAUCUGUAACUUCACCCACGAGGAGCAGUGACUUGUACAAACCUGAAUGGGGACCCUCCCUACUCACUGCCUGGUCAUGAGUUGGACUUUCAAUAAAAUAUAUGCUUGGU